GAAAGAUCUGAACGCGUCUUUUCUGGUCUUAUUCGAGCUGUAUCGUCAUUACGUUUGGGCGUCCAGUCGACACUGACUUUCUCCAAAUGAACGGAGAUGACUGCAACCCCGUUCUUCUGUACGCACACCCGUCCAUGAACAGGCUGGCGACACAGAUCGUCAACAGGUGCACAGGAGACAUGCCGGAGUCACAGAAGAAAAGACUGAGAGCUGAACGGUCCAUCUCUGUGUCAACCCAGAGAAAUGUGGAGUACAAACAGACAAUCCAGUGGGAAAAGUUCCACGAUGGCUUCCCUAACCUCUUCAUUCAGGACGUGAAGGACAUGGCUGGGAAAGAUGUGAUAUUUCUGGGAAGUUUCCACUCUCCGGCAGUCAUAUUUGAACAACUUUCUGUCCUGUAUGCUUUCCCAAGGUACCUGGCGAAGUCCUUUCACUUCAUCCUGCCGUACUUCCCAACUGGGACAAUGGAGCGUGUGGAUAGGGAAGGUCAGAUCGCCACAGCUAAGACCCUGGCAACUCUGCUGUCUGCCAUCCCGCUCACCGCCAAGGGACCCGCACAGAUCAUCAUCUUCGACAUCCACGCCCUCCAGGAGAGAUUCUACUUCUCUGAUAAUGUCAUCCCAAGACUUGAGACAGCGAUUCAACUAUUGCAACGCGAGGUUGAACGACUUGAGGACCGAACCAAUCUGACGUUUGCCUUCCCUGAUGAUGGAGCUUUCAAACGCUUCCACCUUCACUUUGCUGGGGAACAGACCAUUAUUUGUGCCAAGAUCCGUGAUGGAGACAAGAAAAUAGUAAAAGUUAAAGAAGGCAACCCAAGUGGCAAGCAUGUGAUCAUCAUUGAUGACUUGGUCCAAACAGGGGGCACGCUGAAGGAGUGUGGGAAGGUGUUGCUGGACCGAGGAGCUGUUGCUAUCAGUGCCUAUGUCACUCAUCCAGUGUUCCCCAAAGAGUCAUGGAAGAGAUUUGUGGACUCCGAUGUUCCGUUCCAGAACUUCUGGAUCACAGACUCCAUCCCCCAUGCUGUCGACAUCGCGGAACAUAAACCAUUCAAACUUCUAUCUCUCUGUGAUGUGGUGACCGAGUCACUCCUCGGCUAUGACCUCAUGCCACAGUGAACACCGGAGUAGGAGUGACCUCAAUGCCACAAUGAAAACGCCGUGAAGCCACCAGAUUAUAUCGGCAACCUCAUGCAACAAUGGUCUUCAUUAACCCAUGCUUGCCGUAAUAGGCGACUACGCUUGUCGUAAGAGGCGACUUACGGGAUCGGGUGGUCAGGCUCGCUGACUUGGUUGAUACAUGUCAUCGUAUCCCAAUUGCUUGUCAAUCACUAGAUUGUCAGGUCCAGACUCGAUUAUUUAUGGACUGCUGUCAUAAAAUAAAAGAUCAUGCAACAAUGUAAACAGCAUGAAGCAAACACAAUAUUUUGGUGACUUUGACAAGCUGACAUGUGAGUGGGUCCAGAUGCUGUAUUUACUGCCUUGUACAUGUACAUCCAGGUUGUGUAAUCUGAACAAUGGAUGCCAGGGCUGGUGACACCAGUUCCAUGUGUACAGUGGAAGAUAAUGAGGGCAAGUGUUUGGGGUUAUUAUCAUUAGCAGAAUAGUAGUUUCGGUUUCUAUUGUCAAAGCCAUUAGUUUGCAGCCGUCGCCAGUGAGUCACUGUCCGUUAUUAUUUUAUUCGACAAAUUGUAACACAUACAUGACGUGCUGUAUGUGGUUGGUGAAGACAGAUCUCGUACACACUGACAUGCUGUUGAAGCAAUAUACAGUCAAAGCUCGACAUCUCAAACCCUGUUAUCUCAAAUGCUGUUAUCUCAAACGCCUUACUUUAUAACGUACGUCUCGUUAACAUGCUAGGUUUGAGACAACAGGGUUGGACCUCAGUGUAUCAUAUCAUUCAUGAUAUAUCACAUCAAGUGUACUGGCUCCAUCAGUCACAUCAAGUCCACAGUAUUGUGACCAAUAUGGAAGAUAAUUAUGUUACUUAAUUAGAUGUUGAUGUUUUGUAGAAAUAGAUUGUACUCAUGUAUUAUUUUAUUAUAUGUUAUUUAAAUGAAAUAUAACAAUUCCGAUUGUUUGCUUGUCUCCUGUGCUUGUCGACUCUGAUCACAGCAGGAUGACUUCAACUUCAUCUGGUCCACCUGUGACAAGUUGCCAUAGUAACGAUAUCCGUGUGCUGCUCUCUGUGAACAGUUUCACUUGGACUUGUCUACACAGAGCAAUGGAGUGGCCCAGAGUGGUUUCCUGAUAGAAGACUGAUUGGAACAUUGUGCACUAAUUCAAUAAUGUACAUGAAUCGUACUUCCAUAAUUUGCUUCUUAAAACACUCGCCUGCAAAUAUGUCCUUAUAUUGUCGAUCAUGAAACUGUCUAUGUAUUUGUUAGGUUGGAAUCAUUGAGAAGGUACAGAUGGAGUGCAAGAGCAGAUAAAAAAUCCUUAACGAUCGGGUUUCCUUAACGAUCGGGUUUCCAACUUAAUAAGCAAAUAUAUUGGUGCACGAUCAAAAGUAGAAGUACUCGUAUUUGACGGCAAGUGUCUUAGGAAAUGGAUCAUGUUGCAUUUAUUGUUUGCAUUUAUUGUUAGAUUGUUACCGUAGGUUUUUCUGUGUUUAUACCUUGGCAGUAUCAUAUUAUCACGUUUCACCAUAACAUUGACCUUCAACAGGUCCACCAUUGACACUUGAUGUAAUAGACCUGGAAAGAUCCAGGGUAGAAUAGGUCUUCAGCAACCCAUGCUUGCAGGGUAGAAUAGGUCUUCAGCAACCCAUGCUUGCAGGGUAAAAUAGGUCUACAGCAACCCAUGCUUGCCGUAAAAGGAGAUUAUCAUCCACCCCCACCCCAAAAAAAACCCCCCAAAACCCACACCGCCCACACUGUAUUUUGAGAACCAAUUCUUAUAUUUUUUGAAGUCCAAGAGGAUGCAUUUGAGAUCAACAGUCAUCCAGAGCCAUGUUUGUUGAUUGGGGCAUAGCCAUGUUUGUUGAUGGGGGCAUAGCCAUGUUUGUUGAUGAAGCCAUAGCCAUGUUUGUUGAUGAAGGCAUCAAGACUUUUUGAGAAACUAAAUCCUUAUUUUUCAACCUUGACCUUUUGACAUUUGCCAAAAGGAAUUGCCUCUGGCCAUGUGGAGGAAUUCGGUGAAAGGAUAUCCUCUUGUGCCAAUCAACUUUAAGAAGAUGUAGCGGGUGGAGGUGAGGCCAUGAGAGCCACCACAGGACUAGGACACAGUUGGGGGACACUGUUGGGGGACAAUCCAACCAGCAUGGAACACUGACAGGUUGUGAGUGACAAAAGGCAAACCAAUAUUAUCUGUUUCUUGUUUAAAUUUAAUUAGUCAAUAACAAUCAUUCAUAAAUCAACUUAUAACAUUAGUAUAUCUGAAAAUAGUAUAUGAGACAACCACAAGUUGCAGCAUCAUGCAGCAGCAGCAGCAGCCACAGCAGAUGAAGGAAGCGGCAGUUUACAGUUGUUUCACUUCUCACCAAUACUCUCCAUACACACAUACUUAAGCUCCUCACAGCGAUCUUUACUAUCACUG